GGUUCUGAACUGAUGCACUGAUGAACUGGUGAAAUGCAAAAAUCCAUUAUUUAAUGGAACACUAGCUGAAAGAUCAAACUUCCCUUGCCACUCUCUAACAAUUUCCCGGACUGAUCUUAUCCACUGAAUAUUUUUGCUAAUAUCCCAACAAUGGACUCAUGAGGGCGAAACCUUAUUCAAUGGGCCCGAAUCGCACAACGCGGCUGGUGAGUUCGCUUCGGGUUGCGUAAAGGAACACAUGGGAAUAAGCUUCUCCUGCUGCCGUAAAUCAAAAGGAACCACACGUACGCGUCCUCAGGAAAAAAUGAACCAGUUAAAUGAAGACAAACUAUGCGCCUUCCUUAAACGACAUCCACAUAUUGUCGAACGAUAUGUUGUAGAAAAUUGCACUCAGAUGACGUUGAACCAAUGGUCAAGCCAACUUGCAAAAAGACGGGUCGAACAAGAUCUUUCGACUGAUAUACCAGUUGACGGAUCGACGCUUUACCUGAAAGAUACCGAAGGAAAGUUUAUAUAUGUGCACGACUUGGACCAACCAAUACAGGAUCCAGCUGAAGGUGUGCCAAAAUUUGAGAUAAAUUCACGCAAGCUCCUCGCCUGUUACGCGGUGGAAACUGGAAAGUGUGUAUUCUCGGAUGAAUUGCCAAAGGACGUUGCCAUCGAAAGAUAUUCUCGUGCCGUUCACUCCGAAGCGAAAUAUGUGAUUGCCCACCCUAUCAUGCUAUCUGAGGAUGAGAUUAUUGGAGUCAUCGAAAUAUACCGUGCUGCUCCACGAAGACCAUUCUCAGAUGCAGAAAAGCAGUUGACCAAAAGUAUUGUUCGCUGGGCACAACUCGUGUUGGCAAGCGAUGAGGUAUGCACACGAAUGAUUUCGUUCUGUCCGCGCUUCGUAUGUGUUCAUAUACGUUACUCUAUCUAA